AUGUCGUUCAAUUCAUUCAGUUCUAAUUUCAGUAAAAAAUUUCAGGAAUUAUCUACUUCUGUGUCUCAAAAAGCAGGGGAAAUUUCAACUAAUUUACCAUCAUUAGCUCAAAAUACUCAAAGAUUGGUUCAAGAAAAAUUAGGUCAAGUAACUGAUAUCUCUCAAUUACCUCAAGAAUAUAUCGAAUUGGAGAAAAAAGUCGAUACUUUAAAAUUAACUUAUCAACAUUUCUUACAAAUUUCUUCAACUUUUGAAAACGAAUCCUACGAUUAUCCAAAAUACGUUAAUGAAUCAUUAAAUGAAUUCUCCAAAAAUGUCGCUACCAAAGUUUCUGAAUUAUCUCAUGCAACAAAUGCAUCAGAAGCUCAAAAUAUCUUGAUUUCACCAAAUGCAACAACUGAACCAAAGACUUUAAAUUAUGCGUUAAGUAAAGUAUCUUUACAAUCAAGUGAACUGUUCGCUCAAUUACCUUCUGCAAUCUCUACUCCGCAAGAUCAUAAGACAGCUGCAACUUUAUUAAGCUUUAGUGAUGUUCAAGCUAAGAUCGCUCAAGAAAGAUUAAGACAAGAUACUGUGAUUCAAACUAAAUUUAAUAAACAAUUGCGUGAAGAAUUGGCUGGUGCAAUCGAUGGUGCUAACAGAGCAAGAAAGGAUGUUCAAAAUAAGAGGUUGAAAUAUGAUGUUGCUAGAUCAAAUCUAUUGAAUGCAAGACCAGAAAAAGAAGCCUCAUUAAGAGUUCAAAUGGAAGCAUUAGAAGAUGAAUUCGCUCAAGCUACUGAAACUGCUACUUUAAUCAUGCAAAAAGUAUUGGCUAAUUCUGGCUUAUUAACUGAUUUGAAACAAAUGGCUAUCGCUGAAAAAACAUAUUUUGAAAACUCUGCAUCUUUAAUGAAGGAAUUCAUUGAAUCAAAUGAUUUUGACGUUAACGAUUCAAAGACAAACAGUGAAUCUGCCACUGCAGGUGCAGAUGCAUCAACUGCAGAACAUGAUAUUUCUGAUGAUCUUGAUAAUGAGGAUGAAGAUGAUACUACUCAAGGUGGCAUUAAGAUGAGUGUUGAUGACAAAUAG